AUGCGUGAGAAGAUUGAGUGGAUUUUGAAAUCGUCGAACUUUAAACUCAUUGACCUGCCAAAUAAUUAUUUUGCCUUUGGAUCAGAAGAUAAAGCUCUGAGCCAGAAACUACUUUUUGAAGGCCCAUGGCUUAUCCAAGGCCAUUACCUUGUAGUACAAAGAUGGUCUCCAAAUUUCAACCCCUAUAGCAACUCGGUGGGAAAAAUAGCUGUAUGGGCGAGGGUCCCUACGCUGCCAAUGCAUUGUUUCUUUGAAGAACUAAUGCUAGAAUUAGGUAACAUGUGUGGGAAGGCGCUGAAGGUUGAUAUGAACACCUUAGCCUACUGUAAGAACAGGGGAACUACGGCGGAGAGAGGACGUUUUGCUAGAGUUAGCGUUGAGUUGGAUUUAAAUCAACGUCUAAAAUCCAAAUUUGUUAUCAGAAAUAGAAUUUACAGAGUUGAGUAUGAAAGUGUAGAUGUAGUAUGCUUCCAUUGUGGAAAGUACGGUCAUAGAAAGGAAGAGUGCUCCCUCUUGCAACAAGAAAAAUCUCAGGAACAAGGCUCACCGAAAAAGAUGGAAGGUCAACCGAAGAUGGCAGGAAACCAAAAAGCUGAUCAACCACUUGUCAAUGACCCUCUCGUUACUCUUGAGGAGGACCUAGGAGGACGGAUGCUAGCUAAAAGGACUUUCAAACAACGGUACUGA